AUGAAGAGAACAAAUUUUUUACAACCACAAAGUAGUUUGGAUUCUUUUUUUUAUUUUUUUAUGAUGUUGAAGAAAAAAAAGUCAGUUGAAACAUCUACAACUAUUCCUACUGUUAUUAUUGAAGUUACUGGAACCACUGAACUUUCAACCACAACAGCAGAAAUGUCGGCAAGUAUUAGUAUUUCUACUCAACAUGUUGAACAUGGGAUAACAGAAACACAUGAUAAUAUGGACAGCAACAGCCAGAAUAUGAAUGACAUUUCAGUAGUCGUAGUUCAUGAUAGUCCUUUUUCUGAAAAUGAACAGAUUUCAACUGAGCCUGCAACAGCUGAAGUUGCUAAAACAUUUUCUAGUAAGAUUUUAAAUGCUGGGUUUAUCAAUGAUAUUGGAAAAUUUGUUGGAACAUUUAUUGAUGAUUUAACAAAAAAAAUUGUUAGAAUCGUCAUGGAAGCCAUCAGCUGA